ACUCUUAUGAUUUCAAACAGCGAACCAGCAGUAACACACGGCCAGACGUCAGCAGCUACCGGUCAAGUUUCAGGCACGACGUUUCGGUAUCUGCUCGCUGAAAGUCAGUCCCAUUUGACAUUAGCGUCAUCACGUACACAAUAUCAGCAUCAAGUCAGUGAUGAGUUGUUGGAAGAGCCUGAUAACAUCCAUGCUGUGUCUGGAGCCAGUCAAAUCACAGAGACGUCAAACCGUCCAGUGGGUGAACCAUUUGGUUUUCUCAAGUGGGUUUCAUCUUCUCCGACUCCAACACAGAGUCCUGUAACACAAACUAUGACGGGACGCUCUGGUUCAGUUACCCAGUCUUCUGCUUUACGAGCUAAAACUCACGAGACGGUUACAAAAAGUCAGUUUUACCAGUCAAACAAUGAGCAAACCUCGACUCUGACUUCUCCAACUGAACUCGAGCACCAAGAUCAGCAGCAGAAAACACACCCACACGUCUCACAAGUAUCUCAGUCUGAUCCUCAACAAGGAUUUACUCAAAGUUUUUUUCCGAAGUUCCACCUGGAGCUAUCAACGAUCCACUAUUAUCUCCCAUCCACACAACCUCCGCCUUCUUCAGUUACAAAGCCUCAACAUUCCCAAAUUCACGGUCAACUUUCACCCGCAAAACCAACUUCAACCGCGUCUACACUUCCUCAAACAUCUUCAACACGACAUCCACUGCAGACAGAAACCUUUCCACUCAGACACAGAAACCCUCUUAAAAUCCAGCCUUCAAUCUCGACCAUCCACCAGACCUCUAAUCCUUCAACGCUGGACCCACAUACUCCUGUUGUCCAUCAGGUCAACGCGUCCGAUCAGCUCAACACGAGCCAACAGGGCGACCCAGUUCAGUCAGCUAAAUCAGCCAAUGACACGGAGCUCACCGAGUGGCUGAAGAGGAACACCUCCCAGUCACCUAUGACCAGCAAUGAUCCAAGAGUAACGCAGCAGGCUCCGUCAUGGCUGCCUGUGCUGGAGAAACACGACAUCCCCAUCGUGGUGGGAGUGGGCGUGUCGCUGGCCUUCAUCUUCAUCUCUGUUACCUUCUAUUCAGUGUUUCAGAAGAACGAGCCUGCACCGACAUGCCGAGCAGCUCAGAGGAAUCUCGGUGUCCCCGUACGACACAAUGAACGUCGAGCUGCAGGACGUACGUACGAAAACAGAGCUUUUGAAGACGAUGACUGUGUGGCAGUGAUCGAGCAGAGCCCCAACACAGCAGACACCCGAGCCAGACCUCCAGGGCCGAGCCUGGUCACGGUGCAGAUGGAGCCCACGUUUGAGGAUCUUCAGGAGGACACACCGCCCGCUCUGGACAACCACUCCGUCACCGUGGAGACUCAUCCUGAGCCCAUUCUUGACACAAAGAUCGAUCCCUCUCUGGAGGAGGAGAAAGGCUGCAGUUUGUCUCAGCCCAGCAUCCAGCUGCAGUGUGCCGAGGACUGGACCAGUAACCGAGGAGACAACUGCUGCAGCCCGGGCCAGGACGCCCUGCCUCCCCCGUCAUCCUUACCCUCCCGCUCUCCUUCCCCCUCUCCUCCGUCCAGACGUGAGGAGGCCGUACGCUCCUCGUUAACCCUGCAGAGCGGCGAGGCGUGUGUAGCACCCAUCCACCACAGCCUCAGCAUCUCCCACGGCAACCCUCCCCUGCUCCUCUCCCACCACGUCUCCUUGGGCCUCACUACGGUGGCGGUGGAUGUCCAUUUUUACCCAGCAGCCACUGCAUCGAUGGCAGUAGGUUCUAACACUCAUAUCAACUCAGUCUCGACAUCAACGUCAGUGUUCAGUCCCCCGCUAGUCACCAGUCAGGAGAACGACCAAUCCACUGCCAGGUUUCACCAGAGUAAGUAGCUCAAAGUAAGGCAGAAAGUCCAAGACAUCCUCAUAUUAUAAUUGUAAUUCCUUUUUUUAUAUAGUACCUUUGAAAGUGCUUUGACAUAACUCAAAAAGCAUUGUAACAAUAGAAGGCAAAGUUAAGACAAAAUCAAGAGAAAUGUAAGGUAAUGAAGAGAAGACAGGUGAAACACAGGGACAACAUGGCUAUAAAAAUAAAUAUACAAUUUAAAAAAAAAUAUUUAAAAUUAUGAAAAGUAUCCCAAAGACGACUUCAGAUGAAAAACACCAACCCGAGUUCAUUAUAAGGCAUCAAGGAGGAAAAAAGAGGGAUUUAGGAUGCGAACUACAACAGGAUUAGAAGUUGCAAAAUGUAUUAUUUUACUUUAUGAAUUACAUUUUCUAUUUACAUUUUUUUUCUUAAUUAAUUAUAUUUUAGAGUUUUACAGGAGGAGAAAAGAGGGAUUUAGGAUGAGAACUAGAACAGGAUUAGAACUUGGAAAAUGUGUUAUUUUAUUUUAUCAAUUACAUUUUUUAUUUUAUUUCUUUUUUUGUCAUUUGAUUAUAUUUUGUAAUUUUACAGGAGGAGAAUAUAGGGAUUUAGGAUGAGAACUAGAACAGGAUUAGAACUGAGAAAAUGUAUUAUUUUAUUUUAUUAAUACAUUUUUUUAUUUUAAUUCUUUUUUUUCUUAUUAAGUUAUAUUUUAUAAUUUUUCAGGAGGAGAAAAAAGGAAUUUACAAGUGAUUUUCAAUAUUUCAUACUGCGGAAGUUGAACAGGAUUUUUUAUUUUAAAGUGUAUUUAGAGGAGAUGGAGCCUGAAGGCAAUUAGUUUAUCUUGGCAUAAAGACUGGAGGCAGAAGAAAACAGUUAGCCUGGCUCUUGAAGUUUAACUCACCUUAAAAUAAAAAAUAUAUCUUCUAUAUCUUUGUUUAAACAGAAAUGUAAAAACAGUCCAUUUGUGGCUUCAGAGGGAGUUGUAACGUAACAAUUUCUUGCAGAAUCAGCAUCUCAAAAGCAUUUGUCAACAAGAGAUUUGAUUGAAUUGCAAAAUUCGCCAUAAAAUAACUAUUUAUUCUGUUUUCUACAGUUCUGUAGUUAACACAUGGACAUGAGAGAUAUUGGUCUUCUCAUGUAACUCGAAUGUGCAUCUUUCCCAAAAUGUUGAACUUUUCCUUCAAAAAGUGAAACUAUGGUACUAUGGAGUGACAUAUUCUGUAUUAGCAUCCACACCUUUCUGUGAAUGUUUCCUUUAUAGCUUUAGCCCAGCACCUUCUGUACCUGUUACAUUCAUUAAAGUCACAGUUUGACUGGAGUACAGGCUACUUUUGAAUACAACUACUUGUUUUUAUUUCUUCAGUUACUUUAUUUCACUAUUGAAAAUGAAAGAGAAAAUGUACACGUGUAGUAUACAUUUUUAUUAUUAGUUGUAUAUGAAUCACAUGUUUCAUUCUGGUGCAUUUGUGUUAGUGGUUAUGGUUUAGUUCAAGUGCAGUAAUUCUUCAAUGUGUGUUUAACAUUAUUAACUUCUUUAGUUAAACAGCCAAGGAUACUUUACUUUGUCACAAAUUACUGAUUUUUUUGUUCUGUUUCAGUGACCUGCUCAUUGUCUCAUAUCAAGCUACUUGACUGUUAACACCUUUUUGAAACCAAAGGAGGGUAAGAGGGGCUGUAUCAAUAAACAUUUAG